UCUUUAUCAAAUUACUCAUAAAUCAUCCAAAAUCCUGCUAACCAGCAUCAGGGUUUCUGCAAUGUCGCUGAUUCUCAGAAGAAUUGCUGCUCGAUUCGGUACUGUUCCUCACUCAAUCACUCUCUGCUGUUCAAAGUCCCUCUAUGAAAGUAGGAAGCCCUUUUCAUCUAUGCUCAGAAUAGAUUUCAGCUCUAUAAACGACAUCCAAUUUGCCAAUUUCUUGUUUCGUGAAAUGUCUCGGAUCAGACCACAGCCUGCAAUUUCUGUAUACAACAAAUUGUUGACAACUGUUGUCAAUAUGGAGCACCACUCCGUUGCCCUCUCAAUGUUCGACGAAAUGCGUCAAUCAGGUCUCCCUGUAAAUGAGUACACAUUCGGCAUCAUUAUGCAUUGUUAUUGCCUUUUAAAUCGGGUGGAUUUGGGGUUUUCUAUAUUGGGCAGCUUCUUCAAGCUCGGAUACGAACCCGAUGCCGCGAUUUUCACCACUCUCAUCAAGGGGCUUUUUUUAGAUGAUAAGGCUAUUGAGGCAGAGAAGCUCUUCAACAAGCUGUUAGAUAAUAAACUCUUUGAGCCUUGUGAAGUUAUUUUCUUUGUUCAUGGGCUAUGCAAAGCAGGGCACACUGUGACAUCGUGUAAUUAUAUUGAUCUUUUGGCUGAAAAGGGUUACAUUGGUAGCCAUUAUGCGUAUAACACUCUCGUCAAUAGUUUACGCAGGGGUGGGAUGGUUGAGGAUGCGAUACUGGUACUGCGUAGAAUGGUUGAACGGGGUAUUUUGCCAACUACUGUCACGUAUACCUCGGUUGUUCAUGCGAUGUGUUGUGCCGGUAGAUGGGAGGAUGUGCGAGUUUUGCUACGUGAAAUGUUUGAUAAGAAGGUUUUUAUUAACUUGAUCACUUUUACUGUAUUGGUGAACAUGCUUUGCAAGAAUGGUAGGGUGGAAGAGGCGGAUGAUCUUGUGGAAAUUAUGGUGCAACAAAAUGUUAGUCCUGAUGUCUACACUUAUAAUGCCUUGAUAGAUGGAUACUGCUCUCACGGGAAAAUGGAUAAAGCGAGGGAGUUAAUUGAUUCUCUCGCGGAAAAGGGUAUUAAGCCUAAUAAUGUGUUUAGCUAUGGUAGUUUGAUCAACGGGUAUUGCAAGAACGGAAACAUAGAUGAAGCUAAGUGUGACUUUCUGGAAGUCCCUGGGAAAGGUCUACAGAAUACGAGUGGUCAUUAUAGCUCUAUGAUAAAGGAGUUGUUGCGUGAAGACAGGUUUUCGGAUGGGUGGAAGCUCUUCAGUGAUAUGGAAGCUCAGGGAGUUCAUCCGGAUAUUUUUACAUAUAGUAUCUUGCUGGCUGGCUUGUGCAAGGCUAAUCGAAUUGAUGAUGCAAUUUCAUUAGUGCGUGCGAUGGAAGAACGGGGAGUUACACCUAAUAUAAUCACGUAUGAUAUCCUUAUCUGUGGCUUGUGUAAAGAAGGAAGACAUGACCUUGCAAGAGGUAUUUUUAAUGAACUUCCUUCCAAAGGUUUGCAACCCAGUGCUCAGCUGUAUGAGAUUAUUAGUGGCUCGCGUUGUGAAAAGGGAUUGGCAGAGGAGGAGGCGAUACUCUAGUAUCUUCGAGAAAUGGAGAAAAAUGAGUGGACUGGAUGGGGGGGGGGAUACAGAGAAGUUUCUGGUCGAAGUUUUGCUGAGAACAAUUUAUCUACAGAUUGAAACUAACUGCUUGAUAUGUGCCAAUGUACAUAAAUAUGUGCAGAUAGAAUGAGUAAUUAGAUGCAGAAACUACUUCUAUUGUUUCAAAAUUUGUUUCCAUCUUUCAUUUUGGUAUGUGCUUUGGUGAAGCUACGCAUGUACACAGGCACUCAUAAUUUGGCUUAUAAAACUGCAACUUAUAACUCAGACAUUACAA